AUGUCAGGUCUCGAAAAGGCUCUCUUCAACCUCAAGGUACCCAACCUUCAGUCACCUUCCACGCCCGCCAUCACGUCCACCCCACUAACACCCUCCUCCCUUACAGNNUUCACAGCCAAACAACUCAACCGCCAAUCCGCCAAAGCCGGCAAAGACGAAAAUGCCGAGAAGGCAAAACUGAAAAAAGCCAUCCAGCAAAACCACGGCGACAUUGCCAAAAUCUACGCUCAGAAUGCCAUUCGCAAGCAAAACGAGAAGCUGAACCUGUUGCGCUUGGCCUCGAGGAUUGAUGCCGUUGCCAGUAGAGUGCAGACUGCGGUGACUAUGCGUCAGGUCACUGGCAGCAUGGCGAAUGUGGUAAAAGGCAUGGAUGGAGCUAUGAAGGCCAUGGAUCUGGAANAAGCCGUCAUGGACAAAUUCGAAACGCAAUUCGAGGAUCUGGACGUCGCAACCGGAUACUACGAGAACGCCACCUCAAGCGCCACUGCUGUAGGCACACCCCAGGAAGACGUCGACAGACUGAUGUCGCAAGUCGCCGACGAAGCUGGUGUCGAACUCAACCAAGAGAUGGCUGGCGCAACUCCCGCACAGGGCAUCAAGGCCCCUGCCAAUCCCACCGAAGUCGAGGAAGACAACUUGGGCGAGAGAUUGAGAGCUCUGAGAAGCUGA